AACAUCUGGCAACCAACGGCUUUCCGUAGAGGGAAGCUAACAUUCGUUUAGCGCUGGGUCAGUGUUGCCAUGUCCACUUAAUUAUUAUAAGCAACGUUCUUAAGUUUAUAUCAGACCAACUAAUUUCUUCUCUACCACGAUUUGGCAACACUGGAUUGGGUUACAACCAUCCGUCCCGUUCUUCAAAUAGCAGCUCCGAGGCUCGACAGCCGCUUCAGUCCCGAAAACUGAAACUGAAAUUUAAUACCGCCCGUUUCAUUAGACACACAGCCGGUAAAACGUGGUGCUCAUCCCGACUAGCGUGUGUGUGAAAGGCGGAGAAGAGAAUUUCUAGCAUGUUCUAGGAGGAGGACGGACUGGUUAUCUAGUAUAGGUCUCUAGCUCGUUGUUAAAUACAGUAACUGCUAACUUUAAACAGCCGAUCACUAAAGCUCUUCCUUCAGCCUUUACUUUCCGGGUUUUUCCACCAACACGAUUCUAUAGGUGUUAACAUGCCUCAGAAGCGGCGCACGCAGUCGUGGACGGAUCUCAAACAAGCCGGUAACGAGUGCUUCAAAGCGGGUCAGUAUGGAGAAGCGGUGACCCUCUACAGCCAGGCCAUCCAGCAGCUGGAGAAAUCUGGUCAGAAGAAAACUGAAGAUCUGGGUAUUUUGUACUCAAACAGGGCCGCCAGUUACCUGAAAGAUGGAAACUGCAAUGAAUGCAUUAAAGACUGCACGGCGUCGCUUGACUUGGUUCCAUUUGGAUUUAAAGCUCUGCUACGCCGUGCAGCAGCUUUUGAAGCUUUGGAGAGAUACCGACAAGCAUAUGUGGACUACAAAACAGUUUUACAGAUCGACUGGAACAUACCAGCUGCUCACGAUGGAGUCAACAGAAUGACCAAGGCUUUGACAGAAAUGGAUGGACCAUCAUGGCGAGAGAAACUGCCCCCGAUUCCUACCGUUCCAAUGUCCGUAAAGGAAAAGUUAGGACAAGCCGCCAGUCCAGCCUCCAGCUCACAACAGAACAACGUGAUCGACGACAAGAAAAAAGCACCAGGACCAGACGCUGUUAAAAAGGGCAGAACUUUAAAGGAAGAAGGCAACGCACUUGUGAAGAAGGGGGAACACAAGAAAGCCAUGGAGAAGUACACACAGUCACUUGCUCAAGACCCCACAGAAGUCACAACCUACACAAACAGAGCUCUCUGCUAUCUAGCCUUAAAGAUGUACAAAGAUGCGAUUAGGGACUGCGAGGAGGCUCUUCGAUUGGAUUCUGCCAACAUUAAAGCCCUUUACAGACGUGCCCAGGCAUACAAGGAACUCAAAAACAAGAAGUCUUGUAUUGAGGAUCUCAAUAGCGUACUCAAAAUCGAUCCAAACAACACAGCAGUGCAGAAGCUCCUGCAGGAAGUACAGAAGAUGAAAUGACUGCGAGUGUGAUGUGGACACGAGGAAACUUCCCCCCCCAAGUGCCUCGUUGAUUUGCCUUUCUGAGCUGCAACAUUUGCUGUAAACUUCAGAUAUGCACAUACAUCAUCAUUUAAAACCCUUCACGUUAAUAUAGGAGCACUUGAUUGGAUGCUUUUUUUGCCAUCGAUACGCUAUUGGCAGUCAAGUUUAAAUUUGAAACUCCAUCCUGUACUUGAUUUGGUCAAACAUGUUACCACUUAAUUGAUCUUUAAUCAAACUUCAGCGUGAUUUAGCAUGUGAUUUGUUUUUUUUAAUGUGGAAUUAUUUGCACAUUGAACUGAAUGCCUCAUUCAUUUUAACCUAUUUCUACUGUUUCUCUUUAGACUUGAAGUUCAAAUAGGCAAAUAGUUUUAGGGCUGUAUUUUCAACAAAAUCAGUUUUGCUUAACUUUGUUUCAAAAAAUUAGUUGUGGGUUAAUUCCUGUUGAAAACAUUUAAUGUUUAUAUACAUUUGUAAAGUCUUGACACCUGUAUUUAUUGAUGUUUCUUAUGCCAUUUUUUGCAUCAAGAUAAUGUAAACGGGUCUGUAUUUAAAUAAUGUGCUGUUAUGCAUCUGAUAAUAAAGGACAAGGUUCAGUAUCA